UGUUUCUUUUUCCGUUAGGAUGGAAGAACAGUUCGCCUGAAAAGCGGCGCAUGUGCAGGCGGCCUCGUUGCCCGCCAGGAUGUUUCUCAUGAACUCUUCCCCCUUGGUGGCUCUUCAGAGAAAAUGGGAAGCCUUUGCCCCAGCAAGGAACUGUAGGUACCCUGUCUGUUUCUCAGAGUCUGAAGACGACAUCUCCAGAAAUACUGUGACUGCCAAAGUGCAGAUGAUCAUCAACAAUCUGCAAAGCGAGGAGGCAUCUUUGGGCACCCACAGUGAAUAUGGCUGCCUUGUGCAGAGAAAGCAGAAGGGAGCGAAGGGCAGAGGCCACAAGGUUGGGGGCGGUGGCGGGACGCGGCAAAAGUGCAUCAAGUACACCCAGCUUACCUGCCCGGCUGACUCUGAUGGCAUGGAAGUGGAGGAGAACUCAGAGUUUGGGCCCCUCUUGUUAAAUUCUGACAGUGACGAUUCUGUCGACAGAGACAUAGAAGAAGCCAUUCAAGAAUACCUGAAAAACAAAGGCCAAAGUAUCGAGCAAUUACCAAGCCACACCAAGAGCUCAGGCAGAGACAGGCAGUCCCAGCAGGAGCACCCAUCAUCAGAUGCCCUUUGCCAUCGGUGUCCUGUGGACGUUAAUGCAGGUGCAGCCCAGUACUUCGGAGAGGAUGCCACCGGAUGGGCUUCCUCCCCUUGCAGUGUGAGCAGCGACGAUUCUUUUGAACAGAGCAUAAAAACAGAGAUAGAACAAUUUUUAAAUGAGAAGAAACAGCACACAAAGAAGAAGAAUAUAAGUGGAGGGAGCAGGCAGCUUGAUCCGAAAGGGGGUCAAGAGAAGUUGGCAGUGAGGAGUCGGAAAGAUGGAACUAACAACAGGAUCCGACGUUCUUUAAAGCAUGGGGGCAAGGCACUCUUCUUGAGACGACAUCCUGAAUUAGGAGGCACUGGUGCUCCUAAAGGUCUGAAGUCAAAAGCCAGUGAAGAGCCUCCAGCUUGCAAAAUGGCAAACCAAGCUGACUUUAAGAUACCUUUAGCUGGUUAUUCCACUGCGCUGGAGCCAAACAAAGGAGGUGAGAAAGGGCAAUAUCUUUGGAAAGCCAGAGGAGAGCAAAGACAUGAAAGCGUUGAUUUAGCUGAUUCAAGCAGUGAUGAUGGCAUUGAGGAAGCUAUCCAGCUUUACCAGCUGGAGAAAAUCAGGAGAGCAACUGACUGCAAAACAGACUGUCUUACUUUUCGGAAGGAAGAGUUUAGGGCAGGUGGGAUUGAAAAUUUAUCCUCAGGUCCUGCAAUCCUUUCAGUUAAAAGUGCCUUGCCGGAAAUCCCUAGAAAAGUUCUGAGCAGCAACAGAAAAUGUGUAGGCCCAAAGCCAGCAAAAUUAAAUCAGAUUGGUGGCAUUUUUCACAACCUGGAGAGAAGCAGAAGUUACACCUCUCCAAGAAACAGUCCAGCCAAAUGUGCAGACAUGUUCCAGGCCUCCUGCCGAGCAGACACGGCUGCCGAGCUGAUGUGUGCAGAAGCCAUUCUCGACAUCUCCAAGACUAUCCUACCUCCCCCUGCUGGAAGUGACAACAGAACAUAUGCUACAAACCCUUUUUUCUGCUCCCAGGAUGUACCGCCUUCCCAAUAUGAGAAUGACAGCAAUGCUGUAGACAGUGAUGACAGCAUCGAACAAGAAAUCCAAGCCUUUUUGGCUGUCAAGGCGCAGACAGAACACUUGAUAACAAACCUCAAAGGGGCGUCAUUCUCUGUCCAGUUUCCUUCUUCCUCUGAACAACCAGAUGAGCCCAUCCGAAACCAUAGGCAUACAUUCCAGAAGCCAUUAAAAAUGUCACUGGCUCACAAAAGGAAACUUAAGCGGGGAAGCAAAAUACCCAGCCAGAGCCAAAACACACCACUGGCAUUGCCAGAGAUGUGCUACAGUUGUGCAGAUAAUAUUUGUUCAACAGCCUCUGCAUCCCUAGAGGAGGGUGGUGUGAAUGGGCUGAGAAAGGGUGACGCUGCAGUGCUGGCUGCAUGCCAGCAAAACACAUUAGGCACUGUCAGUUCUUUGCCACCAGAGCGUUUUUGUUCCAGAAAUCACCCGCAAAAUACAACCCAUACUGAGCAGAAGUGCGGAGCAGGUGACAAGAGCAGCUCCUUGGACAGCGAUGAGGACCUGGAUACAGCUAUCAAAGACCUCCUGCGGUCCAAACGGAAGCUAAAGAAAAAAUCCAAAGACCAAAGAAUUCCAUAUAAGAAGAAAGUCAGAUUUGGAAACACUGAAAUGCACAUUUUUGAGGAUGAAGAGAGAGAGUAUGAAUCCAAAACUUCUGCCUCACUAAAAAGUUGCCUCAUGAGUUCCAAAAGAACCACCUUGGAGGAGGAUGCAAAGAAAGCAUCUCCCAGUGUUGUCCGGAGGAAGCCAAAAAGAGCAAAGACCAUACAGUUCACAGUGGAAUCGAAGAAGGAAUGCCAGGCUAAGCCCAGUUCUGGGCCAGAAAUCCAGGAGACAGAGAAUGGUCACCAGUGUCUUUGGACCCCAGCAUCCCUGACCAAUGACAGCAGCUCCAUAGACAGUGAUGACAGCAUUGAACAGGAAAUCCGGAGAUUUUUGGCAGAAAAGGCAAAAGACUCCAGUGCCACGAUGGAGCCACCGGCAGCUGAUGACGUCCCCAAGACCAGUAAACCCCAAGUGGCUCUGGAUCAAGCCAAGUGCACGCUGGGCAGGGGUGGUGUCUUACUGGAACCAAACAAAACGGGGAAAGAGGUGGCUCCACCAGCUGCUAAGCUGAGCAGCUCUCUGGGAGCAGGAGAGACUGGGGGAACUGCUUUGCUGUUGCACGCAGAAGGUAUGUCCAUCCAAGCGAUGAGGAGGCCUCCAGCAAAUCAAGGCCUUGUACAGACUAAAGGCCCUGGUUUCUCUGCAAAAAGGACUGUGGUAAAAAGGAAGGUGAUCUGUGAUCAGAGAAGCCUUCCAUCUGAGAAGGAUGAGGCAGGGAGCCAUAACUUGCACAAUUACUUGAAAUCUGUGUCUCCUUUCAAAAGGAGGAGCUCCUAUGGACUCAAAAUUUCCAGCAAGCUGAUAGGUGUCAAAAGUACUCCAAAUAAGAAGAAAUCUAUUCUUUUAGGGAAAAAACAGAGCAUAGAGUUAUCACUGUUCAGGAAGCAGGGAGCUGUGCCUGUGGCAGAAACCCUUGGUGAGAGGUGUGCAGUGUCCGUGCAGACAGCAAGCCUCAGUUCUAAGACGGGGGUAAGAGAGGCAGAAGGGUUGCAGCCUCGUAUGCCAGAAAGAAAUGAGAAGGUGGCAGCUGCCACUUCACAUGGUGCAGAAGCAGAUCUAGCCCAGGUUAAACCUUUGGGAGACCGCGAGCCUUGUCACCAUGUGGGAUCCAGCUCUGGUCCUUCUUUGCAAGAGCACAAAGCAGAUGAUGCCAGUGGGAUCAGAACUAGCCCAGGGCCCUCGCAUGUGCAGGUCCCCAUUAGAGAAGAGGGAGGGGAGCUCCCAGAGCACGGCAGCGGUGCAGUCCCCCGCAGCACCAGUCGCUUGCUGCUGAACGAGAAGUGCAGCCCGGGCAGGAUAGCCAGGGAACGGUCCACGAAAGUGGUAGAGGCCGGUGCUGCGGCGUGUACGGACUCGGCCGUGGUGGAGUGCGUGUAUUGUCUGGCAAGAAGCACAUCCUCCAGUUCGUAAUACUUUUUGCAUAUUGGAGUUGCCAUUUUUAAAGGCAGCUCCAAAACAGCCACAUCCUGAGCUCAUUCUCCUGAGAUAGUGAUUAAUCUCCAUGUUGGAAGAGGUAAGAGUUUAUAUGAAGAUGGGUGUAUCUGUGUGUAUUCUUUUCCCUCUCGUCUUGUGCUCAUGGAUCAGGCAGCCUGAUCUGCUCAGCUACUCCAGGUGCAGCCACCCCCAUGGAAAUCUUGUGCUUACAAAUGUGAAUGCUUUUUUCUGGUAUGGAAGGUUCAUCUCUGUUUCAGGAAGAAGUAAUGCUUACAAAGCAUCCCACACUGUCAGUAUCCCCAGAGCUCCUGAAACUAAAAAGGGAAAUGUGGAAAAUCCUGAUGCAAAGACUCAUGUGUAGGAGCGUCUCCAGUAACAUGUAUUUAGGUUGUUGUUUUUCUCUCUUGGUAAGAAUAUUUUAAAUUAUUUAGGAAGUGCUUAGGGAAAUAACCGUUUAUAGAGCAUGCGUAACUGCAGAGAACUGUAGUUAAUCAUGUUUAUUGUAAUAGAUGACUGAGUGGUCUUUUGUGCUUUAAGCGAGGGUGUACCUGGGCAGAAGACGAUUUGACCUCCCUUUAUUUGGCUUGUUGGGAGAGGCAUACCAGACUAGAAGCACCAUGCUGGCACUCCCAGGACUGCGCGUCCUGGGUUUGUUUAGACACUGCCUCAUUCAGAGUAACCCACAAUCAUAUGUAUAUGCAUAUGCAUGUGUUUCUGUAUGUGUCUAUAAAGCUGUGGGUUUUCCCAUGCAAAAUGCCUCAAGUGCUCAUAAAGAGAUCCGCAAAGUAGAUGGAAUUGCGUGAAAUGGGCCAAUUUACCAACAGUGAAGCCAAUGCAGGACCAUCUCCUUUUCCUCUUAUCUUUCUUUCUCACUUUCAGUUACUUCUCUCACUGCCUUCCCUCCAAGGAGCCACAGGCAGUGCCCUGUGCAUCUCUGGGCUUCCCCAGUCAUUUUAGUACACUCACAAAUGAACUGGGGCCAUGGAGCUCGUGUGGCAUUAAGAUGAGUGAGCUGCCCACCAAAGCUCUUCCGUUUACAAGGAUUUGCUGCAUCAGGAUCUGUUACCGUGGUUCACUUGCCUCUUGCAUUUACUAUUUGAAAACUUGGUGUUUCUGGAGUUUUCUUCUUCUUCAGACUGACAGGGAUAUUAACAUGCAGAGCCAACGGAGGAGAGGGAUAAAUUGGUUCUGGGAGCCAUAUUCCCCUUGCACUUCAAAGCAUGAUUUGGUAUCCUGCUGAGUGUAGGACAUGCAUCUGUUUCCUUACUGACCUGGUUUGCCUAUAACAGUCACCUACAUUUGGGUUAACCCAUGGUUUGUUACCCUACCCUGGGUUUGCCUGGUAGACAAUCAAAGAAGACAUUUUUUGUUUUCGCCAUCCCUGGGCUGUUUGUUCUUCCUACCUAUGUACAGCUCUCAUACUGAAAUGCAGGGCAGCUGGUAUGUUCUUUUUAUCAGUCCUGCCUCCCAUUUCUUUAUCCUGGUGAAACAAACCAAACGACUGAGGAUUCGCAACCCAAUAACAACUAUGGCUUCUUUUCUCUGAGUGCAUAGAUCAUGAUAUCUUAAUGUGUCUAGUUUUGCACAUUGUGACAAUCUAGAAUGCAAUAGCCUGGGAGUUAAAUAAACCAUGGGUUACUGUUACGUAUGAAGCAGGUCACCGUAAUGUUAUUUUCCUGAUAGUUCCCUAGAAUGUAACAUAUGCAAAUAGAAAGCAGCCUUCAUUCAAAACUGGAGCUCACCUUAUAAUUUUUCAAGUGGUAUUUUGUUUUUAAAUUCUGAUUUCCAGGAUUAAAUUCUUCUGACUCUCCUAUUCAAUCUGUCCCUUCUCUGCCUAAUGCUGCUAAACAUUCCUUACCUUUAAAUUCUUUUAUCAAGUCAGCCUGAACAUUCAAAAGCGAGCAGUGCCCUCAGAGAGUUUGGUAUGCAUUGGAUCCUGUGUAUUCAUUUGUUUUUCUGUUGAAUUGCAGUAAAUUGUAGCUUGUGAUUUCAACACUAUCUGGUUGAAGAAGCACUUUUUAAAUUAAGAAUACUUUGUUUUGUAUAUAAGAAAUGGUGUACAUUCAUACAUUUAUAAGAUUUAAUAAACUAGAUUCUGUUCAUGAA